UGUCAGAGGGUGUUUGUUUCCAAGCAUAGUGAGAUACUUGGUUCGUAGCUCACCAGUCACAUCGUACACGGAGCCAUGGAUGGCGACCCAGCACGACUCGCGAGACGAAUGCUUCUCGAUCACCUCUCGAGUUAAAAUUGUCAUUGUGGCCAUUCGAUUGGAGAAUUGGGAACAAAGCAAAAGACAACGGUCUGAAGAUACAAGGAAAGAGAAAAGCAACUGCAAGGGGAUUGAUUGCGAGAGGAAACUCGGAUUUCGAUCCGGCCCAAAUGCGGAGAAAUUUCCAGCGGCUGCAGGAGUCCGAGUCCAGAUUAUGCACAUCCCCCACGCUAACAACGCUCCUUGUCUGGGGGUGUGGGGGAAAGGGAAAGGGAUUGAGUGUAUACAUCAUGGUCUGGGGUAAGAAGAAGAAUCGGAUUCCUCAAUCGAUUCCACGACUCCACCCUAGCCAAACGCAUACUGAGCAAUAUGUCUGCGGAAACAUCCACUGCCAACGCCGCUGUGAAGCGAUCCUCCUUGCAUAUCGAGGAUGUCGAACACCCCAGCAAAAUCCAACAUGGAGAUACAGCUCUGGCACUGUUUGCCACAGGCGAUGGGCUGGAUUCAGCCAAUGCGCAGGAGUUGAAACGCCUGGAGAGGAAGAUAGAUUGGGCCAUCCUGCCUUGUCUGUCCGUCUGUUAUGCCUUCUACUAUAUUGACAAAACCACGCUCUCCUAUGCGGCCAUCUUCGGCAUCAAAGAGGAUCUGGAGUUGUCGGGCAAGCAGUACUCCUGGCUCUCCUCUGUCUUCUACUUCGGUUUCCUCGUCUGGGCUGUGCCGACCAACUUUCUGCUCCAGAAAUUUCCCGUGGCUAAAUACCUAGGCGUGAAUAUUAUCCUAUGGGGGUUAUUUCUGAUGUUGCAGGCUGCGGCGAAGAACUUCACGCAGCUUGUCGUGCUGCGGGUGAUCUCAGGAGCCGCUGAAGCAUGCAGCAAAAGUGACCCGGCUUUCAUGCUGAUCACAAGCAUGUUCUACACAAGACGCCAACAGCCCAUCCGUAUCGGCCUGUGGUACACUGCCAACGGGCUCGGAAUCGCCCUGGGGGGAUUGUUGGGAUACGGCAUCGGACACAUCCAAGGCGCCCUGUCGUCGUGGAAGUACGAAUUCCUGAUCAUUGGCGCGUUGUGCACCGCUUGGGGAUUUAUCAUCUUAGUCCUCCUGCCCGACUCUCCGGUCACGGCGCGCAACUUCUCUCCUCGAGAAAGAUGGUUGGCAGUGCAGCGGCUUCGUGACAACCAAACGGGCGUGGAGAAUAAGACCAUCAAGCCGACACAGGUUCUGGAGGCGCUGCUCGACUGGAAAGUGUGGGUGUUCCUGCUGUUGGGUCUAUCUGGCAACAUCCCCAAUGGCGGGAUCUCGAAUUUUGGGACCUUGAUCAUUUCCGGGUUUGGGUUCUCGACCUUGGUGACGACCCUGAUGCAAAUCCCCUACGGCGUCUUCAUAGCUCUCAUGAUCCUGCUGAGCGUUUAUAUCAACGACCGCCUGCCGCCCAACAACCGCUGCAUCGUGACCGUUUGCUUUCUCCUCCCCAACGUGGCAGGUGCCUUUGGGCUCUGCUUCCUGCCUGAGCACAAUCGGGUCGGCCGAUUGAUCUGCUACUAUCUGACCGGCUCCUACAACGCCUCGUUCGUCCUGAUCCUCUCCAUCCUAACCGCUAAUAUUGCGGGCCACACGAAAAAAGUCGUCACCAACGCAAUGAUCUUUCUUGGAGUGUGCGCGGGCAACAUCGCCGGCCCGUUCUUUUACAAAUCUGAACAAGCGCCACGGUACGUGUUAGGUAUAUGGUCGAUGAUCGUGUCGAACCUGAUUGAAAUUGCACUGGUGGUGUUUUUGCGUAUCAUGCUGGCGUGGGAGAAUCGUCGACGAGACGCGGUGCAGCAGCGUGAAAAUGACACGGCAUGGGACCGUGACCAGACGGCAUUUAGUGAUCUCACGGAUAAGCAGAACUCAAACUUCCGGUACGUGUACUGA